UAUAGACGUCAAACUGUAACCUCACUAUUUUAAAAAAUGACAACACAUGGAGGAUUGCGAACCCUGUAAACGCAGAGAAAUGUCUUCAGGACAUGGUAAUCAAGAACUUACAGAUCCUGUGGAGGAAAUGUUAAAAAAGACCGGUUGUAUUAACCUGCAUUACAAAGUACAGGACUGCAUAUCAGAAACUAAAGAUUGGAGACAGUGUCAAAGUCAAGUAAUUGAGUUCAGGAAGUGUAUGCAACAACAUCAAGAAUCAAGAAGUAAAAGUGGCUCCCAAAAUACCUAACAUUUUUUUGUGUUUUAGUUUUCUGAAAAAACUUGUUUUAAACAUGUUUAAGUCCUUAAUAUCUAGUCUUCAACCAACAAAAAUGGUAAUAAUAUUACGAACUGAUAUUAACAUGGGAAGGGGCAAGUUAGCAUCCCAGGCAGCUCAUGCUGCUGUAUUACUAUAUCAGUCAUCAAUAGAAAGUAAUAAUUCACAUUUAAAAUUGUGGUUAGUAACAGGACAACCCAAGAUAGUUUUAAAAGUAGAGACAAACUGUGAAGAUGUGCUUAAAGAUAUUUACCAAAAAGCGAAGAAUAUGAAUUUAAACACAUGCAUGGUUAGAGAUGCAGGGAGAACUCAAGUAGAUGUAGGGUGCUUAACUGCUGUUGGUAUAGGACCCAAUAAAAAAUCGGACAUUGAUGAAAUUACAAGUAGUUUUAAAUUAUUGUAAAUAUUUAUAUAGUAAAGUUGUUAAUAUUG